AUGCCACAAGAGCCAGAACCAGCCCAAAAGAAGAUCACGUGCUCGGUCUUCGGAGCGGACGGCUGGAUUCUCAGAAAGGACCAAAGAGGCAGGGUGCACAUCACCGAAGCCGACUACGCCAGCCUAAUUGCCCAUGCCGACCAGGGCGACCCCCGAGCCCAGGAAGUGCGCUCCAUGGGGUUCAACAUAUGGGCCCCGCAGUUUGUUGCGGGCCCUGUGGUGCCUUUCUCUAUCAUCAGCCCUCCGCCGGCACAGCCACAGCCGGCCCCAGCCCAGGAAGCCCACACCACGCCUCCCACUGCCCAAGAGCGGGCCGACACCCAAGACGCCCAGCCCCAGGACGACUUCACAGACUUGCUUGGCCUGGGGCAAGAUUCCUCGGAUCGAGGGCUCCGCAACCCCUUCCCGAACCCACAUCGCCCAGGAGGUGACUUCCGGCCCAAAGCAACCAGCGCCAGGUCCAUGCCCUGCCCACACCUGUCCAUCACGCCCAAUGCCGACAGACGCUACCGAGGCACGCUCAUCAUGCCUAGUGUCUGCCUACAAGCUUUUCGGCUCAACAGUGACUGUGUGUGGGUGUGUGUGUGUGUUGGUGCGCGCUGUUUGUGGCUGUGA